GGAAACAGCGCGCGGAUAAAAGCCUCAGCAUCACCGCACAGUCCGGAACAGACACGAUGCACAGGAUAACGGGCUGAUCCCGGGAAUCCCGUCCCUGUUACUGCAGCAGCCGGACUGAACCAUGCCGCUACAAGCCAAGAGGUAGCUAAAGGACAGGAGAGAAGAGAAGAGGAGAAGGGGUUUGGGACAGGACCCGAACAAGGGGCCGGAGAUCUGUAGUGGACGCGUUCAGGGCGCACAGGACGCACAGGACCGUCUCCAAUCCCAUGAACAGUCUGAAAUCUAAAGUCAUUAAAAGUGCACCCUUUUUUUUUUUUUUUUUUUUUUUUUUUUGAAGAGAGAAGAUUUCAACAAACUGCGGCUGGGUUUCUUUCUGAAUGUUCAUCUGCAGCACGCAGCUGAGAAAUGGGAGCUUUAACCAGCAGACAGAAUGCUGGAGUGGAGGAGGUGGACAUCCCAUCCAACUCUGUGUACAGAUAUCCACCCAAAAGCGGAAGCUACUUUGCCAGCCAUUUCAUCAUGGGAGGAGAAAAGUUUGAUUCGACCCAUCCUGAGGGCUACUUGUUUGGCGAGAACACAGAUCUUAACUUCCUGGGAAACAGACCAGUUACAUUCCCGUAUAUUGCCCCACCACCUCAUGAACCAGUUAAGACCCUCCGAAGUCUCGUCAACAUUCGAAAAGAUACUCUCCGGCUGGUCAGAUGUACCGAAGACAUGAAGUUGCCCGUGCAUGAAGUCGGAAAGAGUCGUAGUUGCUACAACAUCGAGUUUACCUUCGAUGCUGAUACACAAGUCGCCAUCACUAUUUACUAUCAAGCUGUUGAGGAAUUCCACAAUGGUGUGCCAGUAUACCUGCCGCAGGACAGCUCUCUGAAAUCAGAGACGGUGCAUUUUAAGAGAGGCGUCUGCCAGCAGUUCUGCUUGCCCUCGCAUUCCGUCAACUUGUCCGAGUGGUCAGACGAGGAGCUUUUAUUUGACAUGGAUAAAGAAGUUUUCCCUAUGGUGGUUCAGGCGGUGGUGGAUGAAGGAGACGAACAUUUUGGACACGCGCACAUUCUUCUGGCCACCUUUGAGAAGCACAUGGAUGGCAGCUACUGUGUGAAACCAAUGAAGCAGAAGCAAGUGGUGGAUGGUGUUAGUUACCUACUUCAGGAGAUUUAUGGCAUAGAAAACAAAUACAACAGUCAGGAAUCCAAAGUGGCUGACGACGAGAUCAGCGACAACAGCGCGGAGUGUGUGGUGUGUCUGUCAGAUGUGCGCGACACACUCAUCCUCCCCUGCAGACACCUGUGCUUGUGUAACGCCUGCGCAGACACUCUGCGCUACCAAGCCAACUGCUGCCCGAUUUGCCGUCUGCCGUUUCGAGCACUGCUGCAGAUCCGAGCCUUGAGGAGGAAGCUAUGCCCCGUCUCCACUACCGGCUACAAUCCAGCCAUCACGUCCCAGUCCUCGGACUCUGAGGAGCAUUCGGCGGCUGAACACAUUCCCCAGGGUUUCGAGGCCGUGUCUCUUUUAGAAGCUCUUAAUGGCCCACUGAACCCGUCACCCUGCACUCCUGCACUGCACGGCCUGACUAAAGCUCACAUCUCAGGCAUUCUGCCUGCGUACGGCACUGCGAGUCAUCACACGGCCACACACUCUCUGUCUCACUUAGAACACUCUGUCACCUCCAGCCAAGGCCUCAAGGUCAAGAAGAGCAGCUCCAAGUCUCUCUCCCAGAAUUCCCAGAACUCCUCUGUGCUGCCUGAGGAGGAGGAUGAGAAGUCAUGCAGUGAAUCAGAGGCUCAGGUGUGCAGGAGGAAACUGCCUGUGGAUCAGCAAGAGUGUGGUAUAACACCAGAGAGCGACAAUUUCACCCUGUCCUCAUGUGGUGCGAUAGAGCAGUCUUCGUGUAGCGGCACCCCUCUGUCCUCCACCAUCACCUCGCCUGAAGACCCAGUGAGCAGCAGUUUGGCUCAGUCUGUCAUGUCCAUGGCUUCUUCACAGAGUCAGAAUUCACGCAUAAGCACAGACACUCUCUCUUCCAUGUCCGGCUCCUACCUGACAGGGGUCGAGGGGGACGUACGCCACCAGAACACCCCCGAGAGCCGGCCAGCUUCCCAGCAAGAGAGUGAGACAACCCCCAGUGAGUCACAUGACCACAGAUUCAUGGUAGCGGUGGUUGAAGAGCAGGAUUCAGAGGGAAACGAUGUCACUGAGGAGGACUGUGCAUCUCCGACUAAAGACCAGGGUGGGCGCAGGAGGAGUGAGGUGCCUUGUCCAGAGUUUGACAAUAACAAUCAGGGGCGGUCUGACACCCACUGUGUGACAGGCCUGGACAAUGAACAGGCUCCUGAUGGCCAAUUCGCCGAGCUGCUCUACCUGGAAGCCACUUGGCGUUCCCAUGAGUCUCUGCUUCAGCAUGCCUCUAACAGCAACAUCAAUCUGGACGAGCAGAGCAUCACCAACAUUGGGACGAGCCCGAAAAACACACCAAAAACACGUCACGGACCUCUAGCUGUGUAAACGGCAUUCCUCCAGAAUCUGACUUCAAUACCGACUCCACGUUUCGCCGUCUGAUCUUAAAAGCAGGACAAUUCGUUUCUCAAAUCUCAAAUAAGAGUAGGAUUCAGUGGCGGCUUUCUCUCUCAGCCUUCACUCGUGUGCUUCUUUACCAAUGCAUGUGGAGAAACACUCAUGAUGGACAGACCGGUGGACGUCUGACUCAAAUACGAGCUUCCGGUUAAGUAUUAAUUAUAAGUGUAUUCAUUUAAACCACAGGAACUCGAGCACUUUAGGCACAUUUCCACCUGAGGAAGCUAGAGCAACUGAAUUCCUGGGCUGGACUUUAGUUCCAAGAACCUUUUAUAGUUCCUUGAACUAAAUAACUAAAGUCUUAAUUAGUAGAACUAGAAGACUAAAAUCUACAUACUGAACAAGUUUUUUUUUUUUUAUCUUUAUUUCUAGUUGCCUGCUACACCACACACCAUACAAUAUUUUCGUGCCAUGGAUCUGGUCAGUUUUCGUUUUUUUUUUGUUUUUGUUUUUGUUUUGUUUUUUCCAGCCCAGAAAUAAGCUCCGCCCUCAGCUGCAACAGAGCUGCUCAGGUAUACCCUCCCUUUUCCUUCAAAAAAAAAAAAACAAAAACCAAA